CCUACACUAGCAACCAUUUGAACCCCCCACCUUCUGUUCAAUUUUCAACGACUUGCCACUAGGAUAGAAACUGAAAGAACUGAGAACCUCCGCUAAAAUGGCAGCCCCUACUCUCCCUAAUCUUCUACUUUCUCACGCCUUCCUCCUCCUCCUCACCAUCAUCACCACGACAUCCUCACCAUCACUCGCAUCUCAGCCAUCCAAUUUUCAUAGGCCCCCACGUUUCCUCGGGAAAUUCUCACACAAAAUCAAACCUCCUCCUCCUCCUCCUCCUCAUCAUCAUCAUAAUUAUCAACAAUACCGAUAUGAAACACGAUACUUUUACCAACGACUCGACCACUUCAGCUUCUCAAACCUCCCGAAAUUCCCGCAGCGGUACCUCAUUAACUCCGACAACUGGUCGGGUCCCGAUAAACUAGCCCCUAUCUUCCUCUACUGUGGCAAUGAAGGCGAUAUAGUAUGGUUCGCCGAAAAUACAGGAUUUGUUUGGGAAAUCGCGCCUCGUUUCGGCGCCAUGGUCGUUUUCCCUGAGCACCGGUACUACGGCGAGUCGAUACCGUACGGGAGUAGAGAUGAAGCGUACAAGAAUGCUUCUACAUUAUCAUAUUUAACAGCGGAGCAAGCGCUGGCGGAUUUUGCGGUGCUGAUAACUGAUCUGAAAAGGAACCUAACGGCUGAGGAUUGUCCAGUUGUGUUAUUUGGUGGAUCCUAUGGUGGGAUGUUAGCAGCAUGGAUGAGACUUAAGUAUCCACAUAUAGCGAUUGGGGCACUUGCUGCAUCAGCUCCGAUUCUCCAAUUUGAGAAUGUUGUGCCGCAUGAAAUAUUUUAUGAUAUAGUUUCUAAUGAUUUUAAGCGUGAAAGUAGUAGGUGUUUUAAUACUAUAAAAGAGUCAUGGAAUGCAAUAGCGUCUGAGGGUUUGAAAGAGAAUGGUUUGGUGAAAUUAAGCAGAACCUUUCAUAUGUGUAGCGAUUUGAAUAGCACGGAUGAGCUUGCCGACUGGUUGGAAUCGGCUUAUAGUUAUUUAGCAAUGGUGGAUUACCCUUAUCCUGCUGAAUUUAUGAUGCCACUUCCUGGACAUCCAAUAAGAGAGGUUUGCAAAAGGAUUGAUGGUUGUCCUGAUGGGACUAGCAUUCUGGAGCGUGUUUUUGAAGGUGUAAGCGUCUAUUAUAAUUAUACUGGGAAUGUUGACUGCUUUGAGCUGGAUGAUGAUCCCCAUGGCUUGGAUGGUUGGAACUGGCAGGUUCAGAAGUGCUUGGCUGUGCUUUUAGCUUGUACAGAGAUGGUGAUGCCGAUGGCCAGCAGCAAGUAUGAAAGCAUGUUCCCGACUUAUGAUUUUAAUUACACUUCUUUCGAAAAACAAUGCUGGGAUGAUUUCAGGGUUGUUUCUAGGCCUAGAUGGAUAAUGACUGAAUUUGGUGGACAAGAUAUUAAGACUUCCCUGGAAAAAUUUGGAAGUAACAUCAUUUUUUCUAACGGUCUGCUGGAUCCUUGGAGUGGUGGCAGUGUUCUGCAGAAUAUAUCGGAUACAGUUGUUGCCCUUGUUACAGAAGAAGGGGCUCAUCAUAUAGACUUGCGUCCUUCAACACCUGAGGAUCCUGAUUGGCUGGUAGAGCAGAGGGCAACUGAGGUGAAGCUGAUUGAAGGAUGGAUAAAUGAUCAUAAUCAGAAAAAAAGAGCAACUUUUGACAUGUAGAGGUGAUGGACUGCUGUCACUGCUCUAGUGGAUCUUUGCCUGUAGAUAACUGUAAGCCUUCUUGCUGGCUUACCCUCUGGAAUAACCUAAACAAGGAUGUUGGACACUUGGGUUCAACUUUUCAGGUGUCUAAACAUUGACAUAAAAAGGAAAACUACUGUAUUGUUCUGUUCUUUUUUUGGCAGCGAAAAAUUAGAAUCAGCUGCAGGUAUAUAAAAUACAACAAUACGGCUGUUUCUUUAACUGUUAUCUGCAGAGAACAGGAUAAGAGAAUCCUUCUGCGGCAUGGGUGAGGUUCUGAUUAUAAUAACCACCAAAGGUGUAUCAUUUGGUCAUUUGUAUAGUCUCUUAGGGAAACUGGAUUGGACAAAUCUAAGAAAGUUAAGAAUUUUUGAGAUCGCUGGAAAUUGUUUAUGAAA